UUCAGAAGAGGAGAAGCAGCGUAAAAAGAGCAUCGAGAUGACCGCUGAUUCUAAACUGGAGAUCCGUGAAACUUUCCAGCGCGCUCAGAAAGCGCUCAACAACAAGGCCAAGCUGGUGGCCAGUCUGAAGAACAUGUAUGUUAAGUUACAGGAUAAGGCAGAGUUCCACGAGGAGUUUCUGCGCUGCCUAAAAUUCGCGAUGAUCGUGUACACCCGAGAGCCGGCGGUGGAAAGCGUCAUCGACUUUGUGGUGAAGUUUGCCGCUAGCUUCGAGACGCCCGUCAGCGAGGAGGAGGCGGAGGAGGAGGAAGAAGAGGAGGAGGAUACAUUUUUGAACUUCCUGUUCAACUUUCUGUUGGAGUGUCAUGGCGUGAGCAGCCACGCGGUGCGGUUCCGGGUGUGUCAGCUGGUGAACAAGCUGCUGGGCAGCCUGAGCGAGGAUGCGCAGAUCGACGACGGGCUCUGCGAUCGGAUCCACGAGGCCAUGUUGGUCCGUGUCACGGAUAAAUACCCCAACGUCAGGAUACAGGCUGCGCUCGCCAUGGCUCGCCUGCAGGACCCAGAGAACCCUGAAUGUCCUACAGUCAAAGCCUACAUGUUGCUUUUGGAGAACGAUUCAAACCCUGAGGUGAGGAGAGCCGUCCUGUCCUGCAUCGCACCCUCCGCCUUCACACUCCCCAAAAUCUACAGACGUACUCGAGAUGUUAAAGAGAAAGUCCGCAAACUGGCCUAUCUGGUGCUUGCUGAAAAAGUGCAUAUCCGAGCUUUGACCAUCGCUCAGAGAGUCAGCCUGCUGCAGCAAGGACUGAACGACUCUGCAGCCUCAGUGAAGGAGGUAGUGACGCAGACACUCCUUCCAUCCUGGCUCCGCCUCCUCCAGGGAGACAUGCUGCAGUUACUACACAGACUGGACGUCGAGAACUGCGCAGAGACCGCAGUGUCUGCCCUGCAUGCCCACUUCUCUAUGGCAGCGACCCCCGAUGACCUUCUGAACGUGGCUAAACUGGACGACAGAAAGUUGAUCCCGUUAGACGCCCUGACGUGCGAGAACGUGCUGUACUGGCGUGCUCUGUGCGAGUUUGUGAAGAGUAAAGGAGACGAGGGGGAGGAGCUUCUGGACAAACUCUUACCCGAACCUGCUCUGUUCGCUGAGUACCUGUACAGUUAUAUGAAGACCCUUCCAGCCAUGUGUGAAGAUGACCGAGCUGAUCUGGCUCAGCUGGAGUCUGUGAUGAUGAAGGAGUUCAUCACGCAGCAGCUCAUCCAGCUAGUGGACUGCUUGGACACUGCAGAGGAGGGAGGAAGAAAACGCGUGCUCGCAGUCCUGAAGGAGAUGCUGGUGCUGUCAAACACGCCCCUCUCUCUGAUCAGUCAGCUGGUGCAGAGACUGCUGGGGAUUAUCCACGACGAUCAGCAGCGCAUCGCAACGGUAGCCGAGAUCAUAUCUGACGUGAGGGAGCCGAUCGUGGCCGACACGCAAACCGAGGACGAGAAACGCAAAAGACAAGUCCGACUGGCCGAGGUGAAGGUGUGUAUAAUGGAGUGUAAGGAGCAGCUGGAAGAGUGUAUCAGUGCUCAGGAUUUCAGCCGAGCUGCCGAGCUGAAGAAUUCCAUCACCGAGCUAGAGGAGCUGAAGAACCAGUUAGCACAGGAGAACACACACACCGAACCUGCUAAAGAGCAGCACGCAGAGAAGUUCUUGGUUUCAGGUCUAGAACUCUCCAAUAUUUCAUCUCUAAGCUUUAUCAAGAAUGACCCAGAGACGUUGCUGAAGUGUCUGACGAUGUGUGCCGAAUCCCUGAAACAGAUGAGCAUCAACCGAGGAAUCUGUCCCACCAUCAGCGGUCUCCUAGAGUCGCUGGUGUUGCCGUGUGUGUCAAACUCCAACACCGCAGUGAGGAACAUGGCUGUAGUGUGUUUGGGCACUGCAGCGCUCCACAGUAAAGACCUCGCCAAGACACACCUGGUGCUUCUGCUGCAGAUCACCCAGCUAGACGAGCCUAAGAUCAGGAUCAGCGCUCUGAGAGCUGUGAUCGAUCAGCUGCUCUUGAACGGCCUGGACAUCCUGCGCGAUAGCGCCGCCUCCCAGCAAACGCAAACCUCCGAUUGGCCGGAUGCCAGCGACGGACAAGCAGACCGUCCGGUUGAAGAGAACGAUAAUCCUAUACAGAGUAUUCUGAAGCUGCUGGCUGAGUUCUUGGACAGUGAGAUCUGCGAGUUGCGCACGGAGACGGUGGAGUGUGUGUGUAAGCUGCUGUACUGCGGCAGGAUGGUGAGUGUGAAGCUGCUCACUCGCCUCAUUCUGCUCUGGUACAACCCGCUGACCGAAGAGGACCAGAGACUGAGACACUGCAUCGGAGUGUUCCUGCAGCUCUACACACACUCGCACAGGACUCAUCAGGAGUGCGUAGAGGAAAGCUUCGUUCCCACCAUGCGGACAUUAUUCCACGCCCCGGCCACAUCUCCGCUGUCCGAGGUCGACACCAACAACGUCGCCGAGCUCUUCGUAGAGCUGACACGCUCCAGUGCUCCGACUCUGGGAGCGAGCGUGCACGACUCUCUGGCCGUGCGAGUGUGUAACGAGAUUCUGCGAGACACUUCCGCUCCCGAGGUGCGCCUGUACUGCAAAACCCUCAGCACUUUGGAGAUCAGCGCUGAUCCGGGACCCGCUAACAGCGAACUGCAGCAGCUCCUCGCCUCCAUCCUGCAGGAGGUAAAGGAUAAGAACUGCGUGAAAGCCUUGGAGAAAGUGCUCGCUCGUCUUAAAGGAGAGCAGUGUGUUCGAGUUGCACACACUCAGGACGUGGCGCUGACCGCUGUGGAUGGAAACGCCAGCGAACUGGUGGAUGUAGAUGACUGCAAGCCUAAACGACCCAGAAGAGGUGUGCUAGUAAACCUGUUUCUCGUUUAUUUAUGUCUUUCGUGUGAAAUGCUCCUCAUGUGUGUUACGUUGUGUAUCAUAUCUCGAUGUGCUGCGCAGGUCAGAAGAAAGCCACGACGGCCCGGAGUGUUAAAAAACAGUCUAAAGCGAAGGAGUCUUCUGAUGAGAGGUGGUAUUAAUCUCCUCACACACACACACAGACAUAUAUAUCAGCUCACAUAUACAUAUAUCCACACGUGUACUCUGGUAGCUAACUGUAUAUUCGUGUGUGUAUGUGUAGCGACGAGGAGAACGUUCCAGAAGCCACAGAAGCUCCAUCAGCACGUCCGAGUCGGCGCGCUAAAAUGGCAGCUCUGGAUAAAACCAGGCAGGACCUGACGGCGCUGAUGAAUCACGAAGCCAGUGCGUAGGUCAGGGUUAGUCUAAACAUCUCCAAACACACCCAAUCUCAACGUGUCUCUGUGUGUUACGCUUAGGAGACGAUGAAGUUGAACCACCGAGGUGUUCAGUCUACACUCUUCAGUCUGCAUGCGUGUGUGUGUGUGUAUAUAUAUAUGUUUCAUGAGCAAUAUUACCUCCAUAUAAGGCGUUAUCACUCACGAAUAUUCAUCACUUAUUAUGACAUUGAUACGAGUCUGCUAAUAAGGCUUACUUGCUGUGUGCGUUUAUAAAUAUAUUUUUUUCCCAACCUGCACUGCUGUACAAUGUUCACUCCUCUCUAUUAUUAAUCAUCCCUGCAGUCUCCUCUGUUCUCCGUGUUAGAGUUUUGACCUUUACAGAGGGAGCGGAAAAGAGAGAGACACAGAGAGAGAGAGAGCACCGUUGAAGUGCUUGUUAUAACAUCAGCAAAACUCGCUCGACUUGCAAACCCGAGCAAAUUAUUCUUUUAUAACGUUUUAUUUCUCAAGUGUUUCAUUUUUAAACCCCAAUAAAUAAUUUUCUGUCACUCC